UCUAAAAGUAAAAUGUAUAUUGUAUGCCUAGCUAUAUUAGGGAUUUAUUGUAGUUAACUCACUAUAUAUAAUAGCUAGGUGCCAUAUUCAGAUUAAGAAUUAUUAUGAUCAGCUGAAGCUUGGUCUCCUCCAUCUUCUCUUAAUUUGUGCUCGCUUUCUUAAGUGAGGUAUUCUCACUUUCUCCCUCCAGGAAGAAAGGAGUAAACAUUGAGAAUCAGUUAUUGUUAUGAGAAGGUUUGCACAAUAUAUAUCUUGUACCCUAACGUGAAGGUUAUGGCUCUGCCAAUACCUGGAGGCAGAGAAUUCCUCAGAUAUGGGUCUGCCAGGGAGAAUAAACUGGCGUCCCCGCAAUAACUGACUCAGUCAGCUAUGUCAUUUCCAUUGCUGUAGCUGUCUUGGUGGAUAAAUGAGUGAGAGGUAGUCUCUGAAAUGGCUGGUCCUAAUUUCCUAGGGGGUUUUAAAGAAUAACGUCAGAACUUUUAAACAGAUUUGGAGAGAACUGACUGAGAAGCCAUUGCAAAAUGCAGAGUACUGCUUUGAUGUGUAAUAAAACACAUGCAGAAACAUGACCUGUUUAUUUAUGUACUGGGUACUGAAGUCCUGAAGGAAUACAUGAAGGGAAAUACUUGUUUUUGUGUUUCACUGGUUGUACUCUGCCAAUUUUAGGGAAAGGAGAAAUGGCAUUGGAUAUUUAUGGACUAAAUAUUGAGACAUAGUUUUAACCUAUUCCCAAUACAUUAGUCGCUUUAGUUCACCAUGCCAGGUCUAGUAUUUCCCAACUCUCAGCAUAAGGCAACUUAAAUCCUCAAACUUGCUGACUUAAUUAUCCCAGACACUCAGAGUUGUCUUCCGUGAAAAUAUCAGAUACAUUUUUCAUCUUCGUUGGAAUUACUAUUCACAUAUGUUGAGACGUUGCUGCUGACAAAGUGCAUGACCAUUGCAGUAUCUCAACACAUCACUAGCCUUAGGAGAGAACACAUGGAGUCACGCCAUUCACAAUUAAUGGUUCUGAAUGUGGGAGACAAAGUGGAAUAAAUCCCCAAUAUAAGACAGAGUAGGAAGAGUGUGGCGAACAUGUAAUGAUAUGUAAGCAGAACUAGUCUAACCUAUUUUUCACCAUUGCUGUUUCUUUAUUUAGGACUUCAGUUCUGAUUAAUACUGUACAGGUGGUCUCAUCUAGCAAUCUCCAAGCUCUUCAUAAACAUUAGGCCUCACAACAUCCCAUUCAGGCAGUUGUACCCAUUUUGCAGCUGGGUGAGCAGAAGUGAUUUGACCAACACCACAAAAUUAGUGGUAGCAUUAGGCAUGGAACUCAGAAGUGUGGACUGCCAAUCCUUUGAGUGAAUCGGUAGACUAAAUUGCCUGUGUGAAAAUGCAAUUCAUGUAAAACAGAGGUCAACUUGGGUUUGAAAUAAGGGACAGCUGACUAGUACAUAGGUGUCCCUGCACAUCUGUGAUUUAUGGCUGUACUAAUUAGAGCUGGUAAUCAAGGCUAAGGUGGACUGCAAGGUCUCAUACCUUCCCACGCGAAGCCUGAUUUUUUUGCUGUGUAAAUCAGAAGUUGCACUGAAGUCAGUGGAGUUACACACAGCAGUUUUACAUCUGGGUGAGAGCAGACUUGCAUCUCAAUGUUCAAAAAUUGCUCUUUGGAGAGACUGUGCUCCUCAGAAGAGAAACGGAGAGGUUCUUUGUAUGACCUUGCGUCUGUGUCCUCAGGUGGUGAUUAGUGGUAUUCUGGACGGGUGAGCAAUAAGGCUGAGGAGAUUUGUAUGGGCAUUUGAUACAAAAAGGAAGAAUGCAGAAGUAAGUUGAUAUAAAUAAUCAGCAAGGAUGUGUGUGUCUGAUGAUAUUUGUGCCAACUAAAUGCUGCCAGGUAAAAUUUAUUUUCAAGCUAGAACUGACUUGAACAUAUUCAGCAAUUAAAAAGCUUAUCAUUAGUCUUCUCUGCUAUAUAUUGUUCUCCUUGUCCAUCAGCCUGAAGCUUUGUGUGGUUGUUGCCUUAAGUGCAGCAGUGAAGAAAGAUAGUACAGAAUUUGAUUCAGUGGAAUGGGGUGUGGGGAACCCAAGUUAUUUCCUGACGCAGGGAAGAAAGGUAAGCAGCAGGAUACGAACCCUGGACUUCAGGAAAGCAGACUUCGACUCCCUCAGGGAACGGAUGGCCAGGAUCCCCUGGGGGACUAACUUGAAGGGGAAAGGAGUCCAGGAGAGCUGGCUGUAUUUCAAGGAAUCCCCGUUGAGGUUACAGGGACAAACCAUCCCGAUGAGUCGAAAGAAUAGUAAAUAUGGCAGGCGACCAGCUUGGCUUAAUGGUGAAAUCCUAGCGGAUCUUAAAUAUAAAAAAGAAGCUUACAAGAAGUGGAAGGUUGGACAUAUGACCAGGGAAGAGUAUAAAAAUAUUGCUUGGGCAUGUAGGAAUGAUAUCAGGAGGGCCAAAUCGCACCUGGAGCUGCAGCUAGCCAGAGAUGUCAAGAGUAACAAGAAGGGUUUCUUCAGGUAUGUUGGCAACAAGAAGAAAGCCAAGGAAAGUGUGGGCCCCUUACUGAAUGAGGGAGGCAACCUAGUGACAGAGGAUGUGGAAAAAGCUAAUGUACUCAAUGCUUUUUUUGCCUCUGUUUUCACUAACAAGGUCAGCUCCCAGACUGCUGCUCUGGGCAUCGCAAAAUGGGGAAGAGAUGGCCAGCCCUCUGUGGAGAUAGAGGUGGUUAGGGACUAUUUAGAAAAGCUGGACGUGCACAAGUCCAUGGGGCCGGACGAGUUGCAUCCGAGAGUGCUGAAGGAAUUGGCGGCUGUGAUUGCAGAGCCAUUGGCCAUUAUCUUUGAAAACUCGUGGCGAACGGGGGAAGUCCCGGAUGACUGGAAAAAGGCUAAUGUAGUGCCAAUCUUUAAAAAAGGGAAGAAGGAGGAUCCUGGGAACUACAGGCCAGUCAGCCUCACCUCAGUCCCUGGAAAAAUCAUGGAGCAGGUCCUCAAAGAAUCAAUCCUGAAGCACUUGCAUGAGAGGAAAGUGAUCAGGAACAGCCAGCAUGGAUUCACCAAGGGAAGGUCAUGCCUGACUCAUCUAAUCGCCUUUUAUGAUGAGAUUACUGGUUCUGUGGAUGAAGGGAAAGCAGUGGAUGUAUUGUUUCUUGACUUUAGCAAAGCUUUUGACACGGUCUCCCACAGUAUUCUUGUCAGCAAGUUAAGGAAGUAUGGGCUGGAUGAAUGCACUAUAAGGACUAACACAGUCAUUCUCAUUGAUGCAGAAGGACAUGUUACUUUCACAGAGCGCACCAUGCUCAAUGCAGAUAUCAACCAAUGGAAAACAAGCACCUAUCAGUUCGAACUGCAGACUUAACAACUUUCCAUUUGAAUGAAUCAUGAUAAAAGAAACAAGAGAACAAGCUAUUGAACUCCAGUGAAGGCUUUGUACCAGCCUCCAGCACCCUGAGAUGGAAAGGAAAAGCUUAUUAAAUCCAUAGCAUACCCUAGCAACUACUAAAACCUUUUGCACAAAACCAAGGGAAGAAAGUUUUUACAGUAAAAUUUUGGCUGGAUUAAAAAUGUUGCUUUUUGUGCAAGUCUUUAUUUUAAGUUUCAAGGACACAGUUUAUUUUCUAGGCAUGAUUUUUAAAUUAUGUUGUUAAUAUCUAGGCGAUUGAUCCUGCAAGGUAUUGAGUGCUUCUUACGAGGUGCUAACUGCCCCUAGUUCCUUUUGAUUUCAAUCAGAGCUGAAGGUAUGCAGCACCUUGGAAGAUCAAGUUCUACGUUAUUAAAGUUCAAAGAUUUUCAGAAUGUAACUUAAACCUUCAGAAUCAAUCGUGAUAACUUUUCACACUUCGCUCAGCUUGGCCAAAGACAAACUAGUCAGGUACACAUUUAUUUAUGGUUGAUUUCUAGUCACUUUGUGAACUGGCAUAACUAUGUCAUGUGACUUCUGGAAAUGAUCCCUGGGAAUGGUGGUUAUGUGAAUUAUAAAAAAAAUUCCAUUGGAAUUUUACAAAGAAACAUUUCUAUUGAUCAUAGACCAUAAAGGUUUUAGAAAAUCUGUCUGCCUUUUCAACAUAUGCUUGUAGGAUUUUUUGAUCAUGGAUGUGGGCAUCGAUGAAUGUAUGUUACGUUCGCAGACUGGGUUGUUUUAGUGUAAUAUAACAAUUUUUCAGACAUACAAUGGUGCAGUGUUCUGCACAGGGAAAAGGGUUGUUAUUCUUCACAAGUCUAUUUUCCCUUAAGUUGUACAGUGUUGAGUAAAGUGAUUUAUGUAGUAUUGUCUUUCUCAUUUGUAUCCAAUACUUGUUUCUGAUGAGGGAAUGAAACUGAAGUUUGGGUCUGUGCUCUUUAAUCUCUUGUUCAGGAGAGAUUAAAGCAUCAUGGAGUGUGAUGGGCUCCCUCUCUGAAGUGAAGGAAUCAGCUGCUCUGUAUUGUGGCACCUUGUUGCCUGCAGUCUAACCAGCAAUGUAGGCCUCUUUUUUCUUCUAGACUGAUAACUAGUAGGAUAUGUUUUCAAACAAAAAGUGAACUAUAUGAAGUUUAUACUUAUGCUUUUUGGUAAGCUUUGGUUUUAGCUUUAUUUCUGUACUGGUAUAAUGUGUUAAAAGCUGGGAGUGAUUGCUGAUAUUUUAUGGUAGAAUAGAAUAUUUGUUACCUGGUGACAUAUUACAAUAUUAUAGUGCUGGAAAAAGUUAGGUGUUAAAAUACACUUCCCAUGUUCCUUUAAGCUGUAAAUUAUAAAGCUGGUUAUUUAAAUGUAUUUUUUCUUUCCAUUAGUCAGUGCCAAUAGUGGGUGAUGGAGAGAAUCUCUUGCUAAUGUCAAAGUAUUUUAAAAUCCAAGAUUAUUUUGCUGCCGUUAUAGUUGUACUGUAACUUACUCCAAAUGCCAAACCUUAAAUACUGAUUUGACUCAUUGACUCCCUCCUCCCCCUUCAUUGAGUGUGUUCUUUACUGUGAUCAGAGAAUUGUAGAAAGGGUUGCAAUAUAGCAGUAUUUCCUAUAUUGCUCAUAGAGAAGUUCAGUUGUUUUCUCUACUCCGGGCCUAUUAUUUUGUACUGAAAUGCUUAGCGGAAACUAAGGCCUCUUAGGGUGUCAUCUGUGGUGUGAGUGGAAACCAGAUUUCUCAUUGGGGUUCUAAUAGGACUGCAAAAGGCCAUUUCCAGAGUAAUGACUGUCUGGCGAUACCAAAGCAGUAUUCAAAUUAGUUAUUUCCCUCUUAUGAUCAUUUUAGAUAAGAGUUUUGCCUGUUUAAAUAUUUCUAGUGAUACCAGGCUACUCUCUCAUGCUUAAUUGAGCAUGCGGUUAAGUGCUUUGCUGGAUCAGAGCCAUACUGUGUAACAAAUGCACAAGUGCACCUUCGAACAAAUUUUAAGGACCAGACUGCUAUCACAAUCACAGUUAUGCCUGUUUGUGACUCAUGCACCUGGAUGGUUGCAUUGAACUUCAUUUCAAGUGCGGGGGACUCCUGGAUUUCCUUCUCCUGAGCUAUGGAAGGAGUUUAAUGUUUCUUUACAUGGCUAUUUAUUCUAUCAAUUAAAUUCACUGGUGUGUGUGUGUGUGUGUAUAAUCUGUUGUACUUGCAAACAUAAUGAAUAUAAACACAGAAGCAAAAAAUAGUCCAUAAUCAGGAAUAUAUGGAAUUACAUUAUCGUUUACAAUUAAUGGUAAAAAAUAUCUCAUUCAGACAGAUUCUAUAACCCAGCCAGUUGGUAUUCCGUAGUGGCAAAGGAUUCUGAUUUAGUUCUGUCAGUGUUUGAUUGAGCCUUGAACCUCUAAGCUUUUGUAAAUGUAGUACUAAAAAACUGUUUUUAAAUUUGAGAUUGGCAAGUGUGCAUUUAACUUUUGUUGUUACUAAAAGUAUUUUAACUCAUCAUUCACAGUCUAUUUAUAUAUGUCAGAAACACUGCCAAAGUAUGAAUGGCUAAAAUUUGACCUACAUUUAAACUUGUUACCUACAUUUAAACAUAUUACCUUCAUAGAAAGUAGAAAUAUUUGCAAUUGCUUUUCAUCCUCAAAAUGUUGUACAAACAUCAAUCUUCAGAACAAUCCUUUGAGGUAGGUAAGUAUGAAAAUGAAGUAUUAACCCAUCUUACAGAUGGGGAAAUUGAGACAGAGGCUUAUCACCUUAGCCAGAGGCAGAUUGUCGGUGUCGGAGCUUGGAUUCGACCACAGGAGAUCUUAACGCCCUUUCCUACAAUUUAAAUCAAUCUCUUGAUGGCUGGGUUUUGUAUUUGUUCAAUAUAUCCAACUUCUAAUUGCUGAGAGUUUAAAAUGAAAAAGACCAUUGGGGGGGGGGGGGGGGGGGGGCUCUACAAAAUAUGUAGAGUUCCUCUGCUGGCUGUAUCAUAGCAGUAAUACAGUGACCCCUAGCUUACUCUUGUGGAAGUUUAUGGGAGUUUUGCCCUUGACUUCAGUGGAAACAUAAUCAGGCUCUCUAUUCCCAGAGCUGCACUGAUAUCAGCAAUGGUACUAGAGCAUGGAAAUGUUGAGGUAUAAUUAUUUGUAUAAGCUGGUGUUCAUUGCUAAGUGCUAAUUUUAGUUGCAUUCAAUCACUGGAAAAAAUCAACUAUAACCAAGUGAUGACAAAAUUGACAGAGAAGGCAUUUUAUUUUUAUAAGGUAUUUUAAAAAGAGGGAAUAUCAAAUGUAAAACUACAAAUUAGAUUAUUGGGUGACAUGUUUUUCAGUUUCUUGCUGUGAAAUUAAUUUGUGUGGGGUAUCUUUUUAAAGUCAUAAGGUUACAGCAGCUUUUUCUCCUACCAAACAGUUUUUUCCACUGUGAUGAUAAUUAGAAGGAAUUUAUAAAUACUAUUUAUAAAUCUUGAUUCCAAGUUUUUGCCUUUUUAAGCUAUUUUAAAUUUUGUCAUUUGUAUAUCUGUAUUGAAAACCAGAGUCCGAAUAAAUUGUUUGGUGACCAAAUCUUUGCCGCCCUAAUAAA